CAAAAUAGAAAAAUAGUAUGCAAACCAGACCCGACCCGAUACAUACGCAAGUGAUUCUUUCUCCCUUCUUAUUAGACUCUCUCUUGCGUCUCACUCCAGUAUAUUCUCUUCCAUUGUAUUGAAAGCUCUGCGGCUAUGGCGGCAUCUGCCCUAGUAAUGGAACCGAGCCCUUUGGAGCCACCGGCUUCUUUCCCGUCGACGAAAUCUGACCCAUGUCUUUCCGAACAGCACCAGUCCUCCGACGAGGACGAUCUCUACAGUCGUCUCAAGUCGCUGCAACGCCAGCUCGAGUUCAUCGACAUCCAGGAGGAGUACGUCAAGGACGAGCAGAAGAAUCUCAAGCGAGAACUUCUUCGGGCCCAAGAAGAGGUCAAGAGGAUCCAGUCGGUUCCCCUCGUCAUUGGCCAGUUCAUGGAAAUGGUUGAUCAGAAUAAUGGGAUAGUGGGCUCAACCACCGGCUCCAAUUACUACGUCAGGAUUCUCAGCACCAUCAAUCGGGAACUUCUCAAGCCCUCUGCUUCUGUUGCUUUGCAUCGCCAUUCGAAUGCCCUUGUUGAUGUUCUUCCUCCCGAGGCCGACUCCAGUAUCUCCCUUCUCAGCCAGUCGGAGAAGCCUGAUGUCACCUAUUCUGAUAUUGGUGGAUGUGACAUUCAGAAGCAAGAAAUCCGUGAAGCUGUGGAACUACCGCUUACUCACCAUGAACUAUACAAACAAAUUGGUAUAGACCCUCCACGCGGUGUUUUGCUCUAUGGUCCUCCUGGCACUGGUAAAACUAUGCUAGCCAAGGCUGUUGCUAAUCACACAACUGCUGCCUUCAUCAGAGUUGUCGGUUCAGAGUUUGUCCAGAAGUAUUUGGGUGAGGGUCCUCGCAUGGUUCGUGAUGUCUUCCGUCUUGCCAAAGAGAAUGCCCCAGCAAUUAUUUUUAUUGAUGAAGUAGAUGCUAUAGCGACUGCUAGGUUUGAUGCUCAAACUGGAGCUGAUAGAGAAGUUCAGCGUAUACUCAUGGAGCUUCUCAAUCAGAUGGAUGGAUUUGAUCAAACAGUGAAUGUGAAGGUUAUCAUGGCUACUAAUCGAGCUGAUACUUUGGAUCCUGCACUUCUGCGUCCUGGACGGCUUGACCGGAAGAUUGAAUUUCCUUUGCCUGAUAGGAGGCAAAAGAGACUUGUUUUUCAGGUUUGCACUGCUAAAAUGAAUUUGAGUGACGAGGUGGAUCUAGAAGACUAUGUUUCUCGGCCAGAUAAAAUUAGUGCUGCUGAGAUUACUGCUAUAUGUCAAGAAGCAGGAAUGCACGCAGUUCGCAAAAAUCGGUACAUCAUUCUUCCUAAAGACUUCGAGAAGGGUUAUCGAACCAACGUGAAGAAACCUGAUACUGACUUUGAAUUUUACAAGUGAGCGCAGCAGGAAUACUAGUACUUUUGUGUAUUUUCUUUUUAAUGUUAAAACUUACAAAUGGGAAUUGUGGUAAUCAAUGAUUUUUAUUCUCUCUCUAGAUGGUUCUUUUUUAUGUGUUCUUUAUUUGAUCAGCUUCAGCUCUGUACUUUUGGUCGAUAAGAUUAACCAAUUUAUACGUUUGAACUUCAGAGA